UCGGCUCCAGAGCGGCCGUGGGCAGCGCGGGGCCGGCGGUGUAGACUCCGCUAGCCCCGGACCCGCGUCCCGCACGCAGGCUGUCCCGAGCCAUGGGGGUGUUGAUGUCUAAGAGGCAGACAGUAGAGCAGGUGCAAAAGGUGAGCCUGGCUGUGUCUGCCUUCAAGGAUGGGCUGCGGGACAGACCUUCCAUCCGACGCACAGGUGAGCUGCCAGGGUCCCGCCGUGGCACUGUAGAGGGCUCCGUUCAGGAAGUCCAAGAAGAGAAAGAAGCAGAGGUGGGCACCUCAGUGGUCCAAGAAGAAAGCAGUGUCAACCGUGCGGCCUGGGAGCGGCUCCGAGAUGGGCGUGGAGUGGAGCCCGAGGAGUUCGACAAGACCAGUCGUUUCGUACCCCCUGCCUUCAUCCGUCCCACCAGGAAGCUGGACGAUGACAAGCCUCCGGAUAUCUCUUUAGAGCCCAGAGAGCCCGUUGUCAACGAUGAGAUGUGUGAUAUCUGUGAGGUCUGGACGGCCGAGAGCCUCUUCCCAUGCAGGGUCUGCACCAGGGUUUUCCACGACGGCUGCCUGCGCCGCAUGGGCUACAUCCAAGGAGACAGCGCAGCGGAGGUGACCGAGAUGGCCCACACGGAAACGGGCUGGAGCUGCCACUACUGUGACAACCUCAACCUGCUGCUCACUGAGGAGGAGAUGUACAGCCUCACGGAGACCUUCCAGCAGUGUAAAGUCAUCCCUGAUUGUUCCCUGACGCUGGAGGACUUCCUGCGCUUCCGUCACCAAGCAGCAAAGCGGGGGGACAGUGACAGGGCCUUGAGCGAGGAGCAAGAAGAGCAGGCGGCCCGCCAGUUUGCAGCCCUGGACCCAGAGCAUCGAGGCCACAUAGAGUGGCCCGACUUCCUGUCCCACGAGUCCCUCCUGCUUCUGCAGCACUUGCGUCCUCAGAACUCUCUUCUGAGGCUUCUGACAAGCAAGGAGCGGGAACGAGCCCGAGCCACCUUCCUGGCCCGGGGCAGCGGGGGCGCCAUCAGUGAGGCAGAGUGCCGCCACGCCCAGCACUCUUGGUUCUGCAAACGCCUCACGCCAGCUGCUUCCUGCAGCGUCAGCAGUGUCAGCCAUGUGGGUCCCAUUGCAGACAGCAGCCCAGCCAGCAGCAGCGGCAAGAGUCAAGACAAGGUCCUGCUGCCCCCAGAACAGGAGUCCAGAUACGUGGACUGGCCCACCUUCCUGCGAGAGAGUGCCAUCUACAUCUUGGCCGCCCGCCCCAACAGUGCAGCCAUUCACCUGAAACCCCCAGGAUAG